AUGGAAAGUUUGUGUCCUCCUGAGUGUGACAAAGCUUCAGAAGUCUCUAUCUGCCUAGAGGAUGACACCCUUCCUGAGGCUGUCCUCAACACUGAAGAAGUGGAAGAGCUGGCACAGAGUUUGAAAGAUGCAGUAGAAGAUGAAGAUGUGAAACCAAAACUCCAAUGUCUCAUGUCCAAUCCGGACUUCUCUCUGGUAACAGUUCAAUGUGAAGACAGCGGAAUCCAUUGGGAGACUACAUCAAGCCGAUGUUCCACUCCAUGGGCAUCAGAAGCCAGCACCACCUCUGAUGUUUACAGCAUGGAGAGUUCUUCUGCUGGAACACUACCUGGUAAAGUCAUCUUCAUCAUGGAUGAAGGCAAGUUGCGCAGGAAAAAAGUUAGGCCUUCAUCCACUGGAAAGUUUUCACGGCUAUCAUCAUCACAUCACAAGAAAAGUGGGGAUAAUCCCAAACCAUCUGCUGACAGCGUGGGGGAAUCUUUCAAGCAAGCCCUGGAGAAAGCUAAACGUCACCUGUCCACUCACACAGAAGAGAUCAGCGCUACUGACAGCUCUGCAAAAUGUCCUGAAGAACAUACAGUGCAGAAUUCUGAAGUGCCAAAGCUGGAUGUGAGCUCAGAGGACACAACACAAGAGGAGAUAAUGAAACCAGUCCAAGCUGAAGCCACCGCUAUCUCACCAAACAAUCAAGAAGAGCAAGCAAAAUGCACUAAUGCAGAGCCUGAAAAUAUAGAAAAGGACCCUGAAUUGAAGCAUGACAGUGCAACUUCAGCAUCUUGCCCAGUAAAAGAUGUGCAGGACAAGAAAAUCAAGGAGACAGUGAAGCAACCACAAGUUACAAAUGCCAAUGUUACAAAUGCCAAAAAAUAUAAAGGGCGUAUUCCACAAUCGUUAGUUGAAAAAAAAGCUGAAACAGUGUCAAGUCAGCAUGACAUUGAAAAAUAUCCACCAUAUGUUCUUGAAGAGUUGAGCACUGUCUUAGAAAACAUAGCUAAACUAUGCAAUCCACCAAAAGUUGAGCUUUGCCAAGUAAAUGAGCCACCUAGUACACAAUCAAAUGUGUUCAGUAUUGUUUCAGAUGGCUCAGAGAUUUUAAACAUCCUAGCUCCAGAUCUUAUAUCAACAGUUGACGAAGAUGCAAGCGAGGAGAUGCAAGACAAAUUGGAAUACCUUGAGGAAAACCCUUUGCUUUGCCGAAAACAGCUUUUAGAUGAAGAUGAUACACAACUGGAUGCCAUACCUGAAGAGCUCAAUCAGAAAGAUAACAAAACAGUAGAAGAUGUGAAAACAGCUUCAGAAAAUGGAACUCCCGAUAAACCUGCUCAUGACAUAGAUUAUUUUGAAAAGUUUACUUUGAUUGAUACCAAAAUACCUAUUACUACUGAAUUUAAAAAAUUAAGCGAAGAAUUUGACAUUUGCCAUGAUACAGGAAAAGAAAAUGGUCUUUCUGUUGAAAGAAAACUAUCCCCUGAGGAGGACUACUAUGUGCUGCAUAAUCUGGAUGAAUCUUUCUAUGGUGUGUCCUUUGAUAACUUGUCACGCCAUGAAGCUGGUCCACCAUCCGGCCUGGAUGAAGAUACACGCAAUCAAGAGGUGAAGAAAAUAAAUGGAGCAACCUUAUUUAAUCCAGAUGAAGGUGUACUGACCAAAUCUUUCCUUUUCCCCACUUCUUACCCAAUAAACCCAGAACUUUUAGAGGAGCCUCCUGCUUUGGCUUUCCUUUAUACAGAUCUUUAUGAAGAAGCAAGAGGAUGUAAACCAAAAGAAGAGCAUGAUCGGUCAGAUGCAGAAAGUACCAGUUCUGCAAAAACAUUUCAUAGCAGAAUUUCAGAUGAUGAUGGCACUGGAAUUUAUUUUGAAAAAUUUAAUCUCAAAGAUGAGAUCCCAGCUGGUGCUGACAAAUCUGAUGAAGAAGAGUUUUACAGUGAUGAGGGCAGUGAAGAAGAACAAUAUUUAAGCUAUGAAGUUUUGCCUAAAGAAAGUCUGGAAUCUGAAACUAGAAAAGAUAAAGAAGACACACCAUCUGCUUUUUCAAAAAUACCUACAAGGGAGACACCAACAAGAGAGCUUCCUGUUUCACUACAACAUGAAAUAGAUUCUACAAGUUUGCAGGAAAGUGUUAAUAACAGGCACAAUGUGGACAUUAUAAAAACAGAAUCACCAAAACCUCACAUUACAAAACAGAAAUGUAUUGCAGAUGAGGAAGUAAUUGAUGAGACCCUGGACUAUGUCAUUGUUUCUCCAGAUGACCUUGAGGAAGACGACGUUUCUUUGAAAGAAAUCACAUUUGAAGAUCAAGAAUCUUUAGAACGUGGGAGUGACUUAUAUCUGGAUUCUGUGCAAGAACCCACAGAAGAAAAGGAAAACUCUGGCUUUGAGAUUAUUGAGCAGGAGAAGCCACAGGCUGAUAUAUCCAAGCAGGUAUCAGAAACUUCUCAAGAAGAAGAUAAAAAGGCUCAGAUUGACACUUUCUGCAACACUUGUAAGAUUCCCAUAAUGGCUAUUGAUAAAGUUUUUGGUGAUCACAAAAACCAUGAUGUUACAACUGUAGAAAAUGCAGUGAAUUCAAUGACGAGUAAUUUGGAGGAAUUGCUAGAGAAGCUGCAAGCAAGCUCCUUGAAAACUGAAGAAUUUGUUCCCAGGGUGGAGGCGUUGUUUAAUGAAGUUGAAAAAAACUGUACAGAAGCUGAGAAGAGUUUGGCAGAACAGAAUGAAAAGAUGGUAGAAAAAGUGAUUGCCCAGCACAAGGAAAAGAGGGAGAGCUUUCAGGAAGUGAAGAAGAUGAAGAUGGAUUAUUUAUAUGACCAGAUGGUCAGUUUCCAACAAAAUGUGGAUACAGCAAAAGAAAUCCUGGAGAAAGCAGCCAAGGACCUGGAUCAACUGGAUGCUAUUGCUUUUCUGGCGACUCAUAAUGACAUCAAUGGCAGGUUAAUCACAACAAUAGAAAACACCUUAUCCCUAGAAAAGAUGCCCAGUGCUUUCUCACUUUUUGAUCAUCUAUCUGCAAAUGCUUCUGAAGGAGGCCAGAAGGAAGUGAAACAUGUCUCAGUUCCACAGACACCGAAGUUAAAAACACAGGAAGCCAAUUCUGCCACCAGCACUUCCAUCACAGUUUACUGGACAAUGAGUGAGGAAGAUAUCAUUGAUUAUUUCCAGGUGUACUGCAUGGAGGAGCCUCAAGGAAAUCGCGAUGAAAAUGGGCUGCUGGAGGAAUACAGGGUCACGGUGAAAGAAAGUUUCUGCAUCUUGGAGGACCUUGAGCCGGAUAAAUAUUACAGUGUCUGGGUUAUGGCCGUAAAUAACACAGGCUGCAGCUUACCCAGUGACAAGUCAAUAUUCAGGACUGCUCCUUCCAUCCCGGUGCUUAAAGCGGAGGAGUGCACAGUGUGCUGGAACACUGCUGUAAUCAGAUGGAGCCCCGCUCAUCCAGAAUACACAGACACCUUCACUUUGGAGUGGUGCAAGCAGUACUCCUCAGAGGGAGAGGGGCUCAGGUCUGUAUCUGCUAUUAAGGAUCAGCAGUUGAGAGUUUCACUGCAACCACGAGAGAACUAUUUCUUCUACGUAAAAGCUGCCAAUACAUUUGGAUCCAGCGAGCAGAGUGAGGCAGCUCUCAUAUCCACCAAAGGCACUAGAUUUCACUUACUACGGGAUACUGCACACCCUGCCCUGGACUUGUCACCAGAUGGAACUGUGAUCAGCAUUGCAGAAGAGCGAGAAAUCGCAGGAAUUCCAUUAGUUCUGGGAGAGCUGCUGCCAGCCAGUGGGAGACAUUACUGGGAGAUGAUGGUAACUGAGUGCAAUGCAUACAGUGUUGGUGCAACCUUUCACCCCUCUCCUGAGGAAGAUGCCUCUGCACAAGACAGCACAUCAUGGUGUAUGCAGUGCUCUUGUUCUUCUACAAGCUUCUCGUAUAAGUUCCUCCACAAUGAAGUUUGGAGUGAAGUCCACCUGAUAGAACCUCCAGUCCGGGUUGGUGUUCUUUUAGACUACAGGAAAGGAAGACUCUCUUUCUAUAACGUCCAGAAAGGACAGUUGCUGUUCACCUUCAGGCAUCGGUUUACAGAAGCAGCUCACCCCACCUUUGCCCUGGAGGCUCAUGGAGAGAUCCAUCUCCAUACUGGAAUUGAACUGCCACACUUUGCCAAGCACAGCUAA